GCAUGCAAAUUUACGUUUGACUUGCUUCAUUACGAACAUGUUUUACAACGCGUGACCUCGGCCAGUUAAGACGUUGACAAUACAACUGCAAUCACAAGAAUCAUUAUCACUUGACGAUCUCAAUUCUUCUAUUUGGUAUUAAUGUUACAAUUUUAUGAAUACAAGUUAAUACGGCUCAUCUCAGAUCAUUAUGACUCGGUGGUUACAAGCUAACCCAGCUCAAGUGUUCCGUCUUAUCUUUAACACAGCCCGAUAACUAACUGGUAAUUACUUUAAUUGUUUGAAAAUUUACUGUGAAGGCCAAUUUAGUCAAGGUAUUUUGUCAACAGACAGUCAACGAAAACACUCUCACACCUGUGCCAGCUCAGAGCUCCUCGAUGGCUCAAAGUGUAAACAGAUUAUACUCAGACAUUUUAAUACUUCUAAAUACUGAUAAUCUGAAGAUACAAAACAAGACCACAGCCAUGAUCUCUCUUGAAUUUAUAAUACCUUAAAGCUUAUUUUUUACUCUUCUAUGUUUGUUUCAUAGGAAAUAUAAAGGACCGUCAGAAAAAGUUGAACUUCAAUUGGACAAUGUGAACAAAACAUUCAAAGAGGAUCCUAUCGAUGAUGAUGAUGAAGAUGCCAUAAUAGCUAACGCAAAAAACAUAGUUGCUGUUGGUCUGGAAUCAUUCUGGAAUAACUACCACAUGUUUAUCUCACGGCACAGAAGAGUUUUGAUGAAAGCAGCAUUAAUUAUAGCAAUUAUAUUAAUAAUUGUGUACAUGGCAGCUGUCAUUUGGCAAUUUCAACUUAAAGAAAAUGUAAACACAGACUGGUGUCACGGAUAUGGAUUCAGUUUUAUCAUUUUUGGUCUGUUGGUAUGGACAGUGCUAUAUUACAAUAUUUUUGCACCCUUCAUAAUUCCAUAUUUUACAAGGACUUUCCACUGUACAACAUUAUUAAAAAUUUGGAGAAAAUCAAGAGUCAUUGCAGCUUGUGGAGUCGUCAUAUUAUUGGUUGCUUUUCUCAUUUGGGACACAUCAUCUAACCGAAGAAGAUUGAUUUCUGUAGGAGGUCUUAUUGUCUUCAUUUGUUGUGGAUUCAUAUUUUCAAAACAUCCUACUCGAGUAAAAUGGAAAACCGUUUAUAUGGGAUUACUAAUCCAAUUUAUCAUUGGAUUGUUGGCAAUAAGAUGGAAAGUUGGGAGGCAGGUUUUCAAAUGCAUUGGAAAUUUGGCUGAAAAAUUUUUGGAAUACGCUUAUGUUGGAGCAACCCUUGUGUAUGGUGAACGGAUUGUAAGGCAAGAUGCAGUUUUUGCUUUUCAGGCCUUGUCAGCUAUAUUCUAUGUGGGCAUGCUUGUUCAAGUGCUGUUCUACCUGGGCUGGAUGCAAGUCAUUUGUCUGAAAUUGGGAUGGCUGAUACAAGAGUUGUUGGGAACUACAGUUAUGGAGUCUGUCAAUGCGGUCUCCAGUGUUUUUCUUGGAAUGACUGAGGCUCCACUCAUGUACAAGCCAUACAUUAAGGAUCUCACCAAAUCAGAGCUGCAUGCUGUUAUGGCUGGAGGGUUUUCAACAAUAGCAGGUGUGCAACAUCAAAUGAAAACUAGUGCUAACUAUAACCAUGGGCUCAAAUGAAUAAUCUGUUAAAGA